UCAAGCCUCUCGCGACUCUCCUCUUCACCGGACAGAAGAACUUUCCUCUCAAUCGAUUCUUCACUGCAAACCUAACAAUCUGCGAUAGCGCCACAGAGCGCGUUCUGCUGAGAGUGUGGAAAGCGGAUCGGGUCCCGGUAGCGCAGCGGCAGUCCAGGAAGAAGCUGGUAAUGCUGUUUCUCUUGGCUUGAUUUUUUUUGGGAGGUAGCGUUUUGCUGCGGCGCUGUCCGUGGCAUUGCGGUUGGAAGAGCCGCCGGUGGACCGCGAAGAUGGCGGAGAACGCUGUCAACACCGAUGUCAGUACAACGACAGCAGUCACUCAAGUAAUGACAUCACCUUUAACUCCGGAAAAGAGACCGCAAAGCAAUAGCCAUGCAUCACCAACUUACCAGAAAACCAACCAAGGCAGUCCUUCUAUAAAACACACUGAUGCUCUGACCCCACCCACUGUCACCGAAAAGAAAACUCAAACCAACGGGCACGCUUCACCUUCACACCAUCCACCCAAUACCAACGCACUUGCAGGUAAACAAUAUAUGGAGGGCUAUCUGAAGACAGAUGAUAGAAUGAGACUUGCCAAGGAGAGACGUGAAGAGAGGGAGAGGAGUUUGGCUGCACGGGAGCAAGCUAUAAAGGAGAAGGAAAGGCGGGCACAGCUGCAGUAUGAGAAGACGGUGGAAGAGCGAUGGAAGCGGCUGGAGGAGCAGAGACAGAAGGAGGAGCUUCGCAGAGCAGCCGUGGAGGAGAAGAGAAGACAGCAGCUGGAGGAGGAGAAGGAGCGUCUGGAAGCUCUAUUGAGGAGAUCACUGGAGCGCAGCUUGCAGCUGGAGAACAGGAAUAAACGCUGGGCAUGGGGUCCCAACGGCACCGCUCAAGGUGACUGGGAGAAUGCCCCGCCUCCUCUCUCUGCUGCCUCCGCCCUCCCCCAUGACCUCGCUGCCCCCUCUCCUUCUGCCAUCGAAUCAGGCAACGUGCCCUCCAGUCCUCACAGGUCACCAUACAGAGGGUCACCGAGUCGAAGAAGAAACAACCCUGUGCCAACAGAAGAGUCCAGUGGAGCUCUCAGUGCCCCCAACACACCCAAGAAGGAGAGAUUGCGUAGAGAGAGGAGGACUGGCUCUCCAGCCACAGGUUCUCCGGUUAGGCGAGCUAAAUCUCCUGCUGAUGUUACCCGGCGCUCUGCCUCACCUGCCACACCUAAGUUAUUGCCUAAGAGUCGUACUCAGUCGCCCUGUACAGUGCGGCAAUAUCCACCCUCCCCUAUGAAACACAGACCCACCACACCGGUCAGUGACAGCAACUGGAAGACAGAAGACAAGCAAGCUGAGGACAUCAGAAGUCAGGAUCCUAAGGAGGGCAGGUCUCUCAAGGCUGAGAUCCAUCAGAACAGGAGCCCUAACAAUGAAAGUCUGGAUAAGGAACCAAAAAUGGAGACAAGUGUUUCCAGCACACCACCUCCAGAAAGAACAACAAAGAUAGAAAAUCACAUUAAUGGGUCAAAGGAGAAGAAAAGUGUAGUUUUAGAAAACCAACAGAAGAAGAAUGAAAAGGUGGAGACCCCUGAGAAAAAAAAUCCCAAAUCAAACUGUAAUGAUGUGACUGCAGAUCCUUCACCUCUGAACUCUCCUGGCAAGGUGGUUGCUGGAACGACAGCUGCUGAGGAGGCGUCUCGUCUGCUUGCAGAACGCAGACGUCUGGCCAGAGUUCUGAAGGAACAGGAGGAGAAACAGCGCAGGGAAUUGGAGGAGCAGGAAAAACUAAAGAGUGAGCAGCUUAAGAAGAGGCAGCUGGAGGAAAGAGCUCGACAAGAAGAGAAAGCUCGUCGAGCUGAGGAGGAGAAAUGUAGACAAGAGCAGGAACGGAAGAAGAGAGAGCAGGAGGAGAAAAAACAGAAGGAGAAAGAGCUUCAGGCCCAGACGGAGAAAGAGAAAGAGGAGGCAGAGAUUCAUGCUCAAAAGGAUGCUGAGCGUCAGCGGCAGGAGAGAGAGCUUUUCAAACAGCAGGAGGAACAGGAAAGACAACAACGAAAAAAGAGAAUUGAAGAAAUAAUGAAGAGAACCAGGAAGAGUGACGGUGAGAUGAAGAGAGAGGACAGCCCAGAGCCCUUGUCUCCUGUCUCCCACCCCAUCUCUCCUCCAGGCCAGCCCUGCUGGUAUUUUUCCAUCGCUGCAGUAUCUGCAGCAGUGGCAGGAGAGGGCAGCAGGGGAUCGUAUUCUCUGUCAAAGGUUGUGUUCAAGUACCUCAAAUUUACUGGGAAUAUUGUGGUCUUCUUUGUUUUUUGUAUUCUCAGCCCCGUUUCGAAGGAGGAACUCAUUUCCAUCCCAGAAUUCUCGCCAGUGAACUCUCCCCAGCAGAUUGGAAUGAAUAACAUGCGUGCUUUAGAGGACCUGUUGGAUCUGACCGGACAAGUAGCUUAUCCCAGACUCUCCCCUGCUGCCAGCCUGGGCGACUGCAACAAGAAUCUAAUAGAAGGGGUCUGUAGCCCUGGAUCCGACUCGAAACUCGUUCCCAGCAACCCUCCAGCCUCUGACAAACACCACGUACAAUAAUGGUAAUGUGACAGACCACAUUGAUGCAGCUGACUGCAAUGGGAUAACUGCUCAUCUCUUUCAACAGAAAUGGAAAGAAAGUGGAAAUGAAGGAAGAAAAUACUUCGUCUGUCUAGUUUCAAUGUUGCCCUCAUUAAAAAUGAUGUCCUUCUGCCUUUAAUCUUUACAGCACAAAAACCAAGUGCAUUGAAGCUGUGGUUCAGUAUUAUGGACUGAAUUUAAUUCAAGUGUGUAGUGUUCACCAAAUGUGUGUGUUGUGUGUAUGUUUAUAUACGUACAGAUGUGGAUGGCCAAAAUUGCUGGUAAGAGGGUUUGGACAUAAUACUUUGAAGGUAUCUUAUGCUAGAGUUCAACAUUUUCCAAUGACAGUCAUCACUGGAUAGAGACAGAACACUGAUUGGUUACUCUAUAUUAUUAGGAAGCAUAACUGUAUGAAGUAAUAAAUAGUGUGAAAUAUUAAUGGUUUCUUUGCCAGUCGACUCUCUCUCUCUCUCAUUGGUAACAGUAUUAUGAACUGUUUUGUUGAGAAAUUGCUGUGUAUUUUAAGCUCAACUAACAUCUCCUGCAUUGCAUCACACUGUAUUAAACCCCCAGUUUGCUAUGAAAUGCUUGUACCGCAGGACAUUAGCACAUUAGAGAAAUAUGACCAUCAGUGAAUACAGCAUGUAUAAUAUAAAAAGAAUUAAUGGCAGUCAUCCCAUUUUAAAGCCUUAGUUUACCAGUAAUUAGUGUCAUAUUCCUCCGGUGUCAUCACUGUGCUUAACAAUGUAGUUUCAGUCUCAGAAGUUCUUUUGACAAAUGUAAAUGACAAAUGCAAAAUGUUAUAUUGGAGUCCUGACUUUAUUCCUUAACAUUGAAGGAAAGUGUUGUGGUCCAAACCAAAAACCCAUUGAUGUGCUUUUACUUCCCUGAACACUUCAUUAGUCUAUGGGUGUUGCAGGUAUACAUAUGUUUGGAGUGGGUGGGUAUGAGAGUUGACAGCUUUGUUUAAUUGUUCUAUAUAAUGUGGAUGCACAAAGAAAAGCUUACUUGAAAAACUGUUUAAUUAGCCUGCAGGGAACUUCUAAACUUCUCCAAGUGUCUCAGCUUCAAUCUCUAAAUACAGUACAGCAGGGACUUCAAGUUGUGAUUACUGUAGAUGAUGUGCAUGGUGGCAUGAGCAUCAAGCCAUAAUUAUAUGCCUAGAAAUAAACCAAUAAACUGUCUUUACCAGC